AUGAUGCAGGAAUCCACGGUGGCACAGAGCAUCUUGACGACCGUGAACCAGAGUGUGAAGGUGCACUGUGAAAUAUCCUAUGAAGAUGACCGCGUUCCACUGAUGGUGCUCUACAUUGUGGUUUUUAUCAUCGGCCUGCCAGCCAACCUGGCCACGGUCUACCUCACCCUCAACCAGGUGUGUCGUAAGAACGUCCUCGGCAUCUACCUGCUCAGCCUGUCCGUGUGCGACCUCACCUACCUCUUCACGCUGCCUUUGUGGACGGUGUACGUCAGUAGAAACCACGAGUGGCCCUGGAGCUCCAUGGCCUGCAAAGUGACUGGUUUUGUGUUCUUCAACAACAUGUACAUCAGCAUCUUCCUGCUCUGCUGCGUGUCCAUCGACCGUUAUGUGGCGGUGGUUUACGCCAUCGAAUCUCGCGGUCUUCGCCAGAAAAAGAUCGCAGCUCUUGUGGCAUUUUCGAUCUACAUGGUGGUGGGCUUGAGUCACGCGCCUGUCUUCAUGAUGCCUGAAGGCAAUGCUGCUCAAGGAAAUCGCCGUUGCUUUGAGCCCAGCCAGAGCUCAGCAGUGAUUACAGGAUUCAGCUACGCUCGUGUUUGCAUCGGCUUUUGUAUCCCCCUUGCCAUCCUGAUCUUCACCAAUAGAGCCAUUCUUGUCAACGUUCAGGCCAGUACGGGCCUCCAGCCUCAUCAGAAAGAGAAGGUGCGUUACCUGGCUGUGGCGGUGGUGGCGUUGUUUUUGAUCUGUUUCGCUCCGUACCACAUUAUCUUACUCUUGCGUGCCAUCACCUUCCACUUCCCCAAGCUGCAAGAGGAGUGUCACUUUGAACAGCACAUCUACACGCCCUACAAAAUCUCCUUAGGACUGUCGACUUUCAACAGCGCCUUCAACCCCAUUCUCUACGUGCUGUCCAGCAACAAUAUCCGUCAGGAGAUCAGAAGAGGCAUGGCAUCGCUGUGCAACAAAGUCAACUUGAGUCACAGCAGCCAGCACAACAUGCACAGCUCCAAAAGCAAUUCAGACCCCGUCCCAACAAAGGGCGAUCAAAUGAGGACAACUUGUCCCUCUGCAUGCUAAAAUUGGAAAUUUUUUGCUUGAUGUGCCAUAACUUGAAGAAAGGGAAAAAUCAAGGCUGUUACAUCAAUACAAUAACACCUUGAAGUUGAACAGACCUGGCAAAAAAAACAAGUGAAUUUCCUGUUAUUAUUGUGUUUUUUUGACUGAAAGGAUCUCACAAUAAGAUUGUCUCUGUGUAUUUCACACCUCCUACAUUCGUAUUCUGCUUCCGUCACAGAAUGUUUCUGUAACACCCCAGUCUGAGCUGCAGCUUCUGAUUAUCUCAUAGAGCAUAUUCUCCAGAUCAAACUCGACAGACAGGAAGAGGCCAUCUGACCCACUUUUUAAAGUGGCUCACUUCAUGGCCUUUAUUAAUCAUACCAAAAUAUCUGAUACUGUAUAUAAAUGUGAAAGUUCACAAAACAAAAUAUUAUCAGGAAAUGUGUAAAAUUCUCAGAAUUUCUGCCCAUCCAAAAGGUAUAAAUACCAAUACAUUUACAGACAUAAUGUGGGAUAACGUUCUAAUUACUGCUACUAAGUGCCUCAAAACUGAUCACAGAUUUGGUGCUGGGCAAAUUAUGGCAAAUCCAGUGACUGGUUUAUUGUAGAAGCUCAGUACCUCGUAAACAUGAUUUCUGUUUCCGAGUGGACUGGUGAAAAUGUUCAACUGCAGUCCCAUAAAGUGUAUCAAACCAGCCAGAUUAGAGCUUGCUGUUUCACACUGUCAGAAAAAUGUGCAAAAGUUGUACCUUUAGGGGUACAAUGGCUUGUCACUGGGGCAGAACUCUCAAAGGGACACCUUUGUACUAUUCUAAGGCACUAAUAUGCACCCUUCAGGGGUAAAGAAGCCCCUAAAGUGUGCAGUGCCACAGUAAUAUGUACUCUUAAUGUAGUAAUAUGUACACUUAUGGUACUAUUAUGAACCCUUUAGGGGUAAAUAAGUUGCCAGGGUGCCGCAUUUAGGGU